AUGGCAAUUUGUGACGAUAAAACAGAUCGCAGUGGAGCCUGCACAAAGUAUUACUCUAAUGAUGGAAUUUUGAAGCGGAACCAUCCAAUAGUGCGUGACAGUGGGGGGUCGUGCUUCUCCCCGGAAAAGUGUACAAAUUGUAAUGAUGGCUUCUAUGGAGACGGGCCUUAUUGUAAAAUUUGUCCUCCUAUUGCAAAUUGCAACCACCGCAGAUGUACAUCACCCGGUGAUAACAUCUGUGUUUACUGUGAAGGAGAGGUUUUGGAGAAGGACUAUUACAGGGCAUACACACCGGUUCCUAGUCAGAAAAAGAAGUGUGAAAAGGCCUGUUCCUGGAGGUCUGAUAGCACAAGGUGUUUCCCUGGGACCUGUACCGAUGGAUUGGCCUCCCAGUGUAAAUGUUCCCCUGGCUUUGAGGGCCACCACUGUGAACAAUUGGUAACAAAGGCCUCAAUCAUGGAGAAUGAGUGUAAAUUGGAAGAUCCAAGAGGGAGAAUCCUAGCAAACCCUGCUGAUCUAAAUGAGGGCCCUCCACAGCCUACCCGCUGGACUAACAAUGUCAUCUGGGUGAGGGCCGUAACAAAAUGGGAUGCCUUAUUACAGCUUCCAGCAGCACCUCCAGUCAUCUCUGGAUUGGACCAUUACGUCACUGACUUUAGAUAUGGAAUUAAAUUCGCAUCUACUAAAUUACGUCAAUUUAGGGCGGGAAGAAAAAUUGUUGAGCUGACUCACAUUUGUGAGGGUGUGUCAGAAAGAGCUCCCAAAACAACAUCGUUUUCCUGCAAAAAAACCUUUUAUAAUCUUGGACGCUCACUGCAAGAUUUGAAACAUGACGAUCAAUUGAUAUUCUAUCUCCAAGCCACGACAGGAGGUUAUGUUAAAGUGAAAAACAGAGAGGCAAAUAAUAAGAUACAGUACCAUCCCUUAGUGGGCAGGACAACAGAAAGAGAGUUUACAUACCACUGGGACUUGGAGAAACCUUAUCAUAACUUAGUGAAAGGUGUUGAUAAUCCACCAUUCCUUAGUGUUCCAGAUUUAACAGAAAAUCCAAAAGUUGACAUGACAUGGGGAGGAUGGAUAGACGAUUUGUCAGGGCUGGAGAAGUACCAGUAUGAAGUGUAUGAGCUAGGACAUGAUGGGAAACUGUUAGGAGAACAGCAGGGAAAGAUGAUCAAAAGUCCAACAGAUUUAGCACUUAAUGUUACAGGGGAAUCCUUUGACUUGCCAGCACCAGGAAUGUACUCUAUUCAUUUCUCAGCUUUUGAUAAAGCAGGGAACCACAAAACAGGAAGAAAAGUCCUUCUUUAUGACAACAUUUCUGAAGUCACCACCAACCCUUCCAAGGUGACAAGGGUCACCACAGCUACUAAGGAAACAAGUUAUGUAUGGGUUACCAAGGAUACCAGAUAUGUGGAUAUAAUGUGGAGAGACAGAUUUCGUAAUUCCCGCCAUGAAAACAAUCGAUGGCUGAACAGUGUUGCAUCUACUACAGGAGUGGAAUCAAAAUAUGAUGAUCAUUAUGGAGAAAGACAAAGCAAGGAGAUUCCAAAUGUUCAUGCAUUGGUGGAUUUCAAAGUAGCAUAUAAUGUCACUGAUACAGUUAGUACUGUUGACUCCCAAGGUUUCACAUCAGUGUCCUCUAUCUUUAAGCAAGGUGACCAGCUUAAUUUGCCGUGGACUGAUGGGAACAAGUUGGAUGUAACUGUACGCGCAAUAGAUGUGCUGGGUAAAUAUCUGGAUGAAUCUGUAACGGUUUACAGAGAUGCAUCACCACCUCAUAUCGAGGAUUUGUGGCUGACACGUGGAGAUAGAUUGAAUGUCAGUGUUCAUAGAAUCGAAGACUUUAAGGAAAUGACGAUAGAGUGGAUUGCAUAUGACCAUCACAGUGGACUGAACAACAUUGCCUGGAGAUUGUUUGAUAACUUCACAGGGUUAGAUGUACUGCAUGGACAUGAGGAUAUCCCAGCUCAAGGAAUGGCCAAUGACACAGAAGAAUGUGAAUCAAAAUAUGGAAGCUAUCCUAGAGGAGCUAACUGCUAUGAAACUCCAUUCUGGGGAGCCUACCACAAACAUUUUCAAGUGAAACCAGCAAUCAAAUCAAAUGGUGGACUUGUAGAUGGGAAACACAAAGGCGUGCAUGAUUCUGAUUAUUACUUGGAGGUGACAGCCACAAACAAGGCCAUGCUGACCACCGUACUGUCCAAGAAGAUAACAAUAGACACUUCCCCUCCCCACACUGGGAUGGUUGAGGAUGGGAUACCUGGAGGGGAUGAGGUGGACUAUCAGCAGAGUAAGACCCUGACUGCCCACUGGGAGGGAUUCUUUGACAGGGAGAGUGGGGUGCUGUUUUAUCAGUAUGGAUACGACACCAAACCUCUCAGUGCCUCAGCCUUUUCUCUGGAGGCUAGUGGAAAUGGUCAGAUUUUUGAGACCUACUCGAUGCACGCCACCCAUACUGUGACUACAGAGGGACAGUAUUACAUCUGUGUUGUGGCUUAUAACCGUGCCCUAGAGCCCUCUGAGCCUGUGUGUUCAGAUGGAGUGAUGGUAACUACAGCAGUGCCAUCUGUACAGGAAGUGAAUAUAGAGGGAGCCACAGUCACUGGGGGACUAGUUACAGACAGCAAAGACUUCUGGAUUGUUACCAGUAAUAGGUUCAGAAGGCUGAUUAAAGAUCCCACACCUGAUUGCACUGCCAAAGCUACAGUUUUACCUGACCUUGACCUUUUACCUGCUGAGCACCAUGACAAUGGUACAUUUGUAACAGUAAAUGGCAGUGUGUUUUGUGCUAACUCAACAGGAUCACCUGAUAAACUGAGUCCCAUGUUAUCCAAAUCAUCACGGCUGUUUUUGAGUUGGCUACCAGUUGCUAACCCUGGCAGUGUCCAUGAUUAUGAAGUGGGAUUUUCCUCUACAGCUGGGAGUCCUGCCCCAGACAUCAUGGCCUUCAAAAGUACCAAACAGCACCCCCACAUCCAUGUGUAUCACACUGAUGUACCUGAUGGAUCUGAGUUCUACACUGUCAUCAAGACAAUCAGCAAAGCAAAUGUGGAGGGAACUCAGUCCAUUGGUCCAUGCUUCAUGGAUACCACACCUCCAGUGUUUACAGGACCUAUCAGUGUCAGGCACUCAAAUGGAUUCCUAACUGCAGCAUGGGGAGCGGGUGCUUUUUCUGAUGCCCAGGAGCCUUACCAACUGAAACUAGAAUUUGCUAUAGGACACUUGCCAAGACAAACAGAUGUGCAGUCAUACAUUCCACUACAGAGUGGUGGAUCCUGUGUGGUGGGGAACCCUCCAACCUGUACAGCCAUUGCUGUAUCAGACACAGAGUGGAGACUUCAUGGACAUCAGACGUAUUACGUCACUAUCAAGGCAGAGAACUCUGGUGGUCUCUCAACAUAUGCCGUUUCUGAUCCAUACAUUCAUGAUGUACAACUGGCUACCAAGGGAGUGGUGUUUGAUAUUCAAGCAUCUAACCUAGGUCAAAUGCCUUUCACCGACAUAGAGGAUGUAGAUUUUAUGACAACAAAAGGCAGCCUGACAGCCCACUGGGAGGGCUUCUCUCACCCCCACCUGAAUGUUACAUACAAAUUCCAGGCAGGUACCACCCCAGGUGGUGCAGAUGUUGUGCCUUCUUUAGAUGUUGGAUCUAUGGAUUCUUAUUCUGCUACUGGUCUAAGUCUACAAAAUUUCAAGACCUACUAUGUGACAAUAACAGCUGUGACCUUGUCAGGCAGUGUGACUGUGACCUCUGAUGGGGUCACAGUAGUACAGGAGAGUGCUGUGUUAUCAGGGAUAGACAUCAAUGAUGGAGAGCUCUGUAUUAUGACAGUUGACAAUGGUACUCUCUUCAAACACCAUUAUGAGGACAACAGGAAGAGGUGCGAGAAUGACACUGACUUCCAGGCAUCUACAAACACACUACAGGCCUACUGGCAGGUUCCCACAGACAUGGAAUUCUAUACUCCUGAUGCUCAUUUUGCUAUUGAGGAAAUGUUACUUGGCAAUUUGUGGAACACUUUAAGGGAAUACGAACAUAUCCGCAAGCAUAAUGAAGCCAAAGUGACAAACUUGGAUCUUAAACCUGGAAGAACAUACAGAAUGGCUGUCAAACUGUGUGCCAUAACCACAUGUUAUGAUCCACUGUACAGUGAUGGAGUCAUGAUACUGGCUAAUCCUCCUAAUAAAGGGAAGAUAACUGUGGAACACCAGAAUACCACUCAAAGUGCUGGACUCAAGGAAAAGAUAAUUGUCAACAUGGAUAGAUUUUAUGACCCAGAUGUACAAGAUCAGGUAGAUAAAUAUGAUGUAAUCGAUAAAUAUGAAUGGGCCAUCACUGACAACUCACACGUGGGAAGGACUCAUACUGUAUGGUCAGAAGUCACAGGGAUUACAGUGACACAAGCGGGAAAAGGGAUGCAGUUUGAGGUUGAGCUGGAGGGGCAGUUUGACUUCUCUAAAUGUCGUCGAUUUGCAGUCCGUGGGUAUAACAAGGCUAAGCUCUUCUCCUCUGUCUCAGCGGACAUUAAGGAUUGUGAAGCUUUUGAUCCAAUACUGAUCAAGCCAAAACAUGUACUGGAUGCUGUAGGUCAACCAGAGGCAGACAGAGAUGGAUAUGGACAAGCCAUUUUCCUUGAGAAGAAUGCUCGCUGGCCAGUGGCCGACAAGGAUUAUACACCCAACAUGAACUACCUGUCUGCAGUGUGGCCACAGCUCCGAUACAGGUCCUAUGUGGUGGCAGUACUAAAUGCCAGAACAGUAGAUGCCACCACAUACUAUCAGCAGACUAAUGCAUUGACUCUCUCUGAUCCUUGUAGCCACCCAGAUGCCAUAAAAUGUAGCACAGUAGAUGGGAGAGAAUUUGUCAACUUUAAAUUCAACCCUGGUGAAUUGGUACAUGGUCAGAGAUACAUAAUUUGUAUACACACAGUGUAUACAGAGAUAAAAUUUGAGGAAUGGACCCAAGUCCUGCCAGAGUUAAACACCUGUAGUGAUGGUGUAGUGGUGGAUCUUACUCCUCCAACACCUGGUAAGGUGUGGAUAGGAAAUAUCCCAGGGAUGCGGUACCAGACUUCUACCACAGAUAUGUACAUCAACUGGCAGACAUUUGAAGACGUAGAGGAAAUAAGUGCAAUAUCACACUCAACAGGCAUUCAAGAUUACCAACUCGGCAUAGGUACCACAAUAGGAGGGAAUGAUGUGGUGGCUUUCCACAGUGUUGGGGUGGUGAAUCAUGCAGUUCUACAUGGCCUCUACUUACAGUCUGGCCAUACCUAUUAUGCCACUGUCAAAGCCAUGGACUACGCAGGAAGAGUGACAACAGUGACCUCUGACCCUGUAGUCGUAGAUACUUCCACUCCACAAAAAUCUGAUGCUGCCAUCACAAUAACUGGAAGGCACUUUGUUUCCAAUUCUGAAAUAGAAGCUUGCUGGAAGAAGGUCUUUGUUGAUCCUGAGAGCACAAUAGAUCAUUAUAUGUGGGCAAUAGGUUCUGAGCCAGGGUAUGAUGAUGUCAUGGAUUUCACCAGAGAAGAAUCAGAGUGCGGAGAAAACAGUCCACUAAAUCCACUGGAUCUGAAAGAGGGCCAUGCUUACUACAUCACCGUCAAGGCAAUCAACAAGGCAGGCCUAAUGUCAUCAGCUACAUCCUGGGCCUAUAGUGUUGACCUUUCACCUCCUGUGGCUGGCCACAUUUAUGAUGGAGUCCCAGGGUCUAAUCAUUCCGACAUUGACUUCCAGACAGACAUGUCAUCUUUAAAUGUUUACUGGGAGGGAUUCCACGAUCCUCAUUCAGCCAUUAAGGAGUAUUACGUCAGUGUAGGAACCUGUCCUGCUUGUAGUGACGUCAUUGGCAGACAAGCUUUAGGGAUUGUGAAUUCCUUCAAACUGGAUCAUGUCCACUUUGGAGCUGGUUUGAUCUAUUAUACAUCUCUGACAGCUUGUAAUACUGCAGAACUCUGUACCACUGUGAUGACCGAUGGAGUGAUGAUGGACAAUAGCCCUCCCAGUAUGGGGCUAGUGAUGGACGGAACAAGAGAUCAGGACACCGAGUAUCAGUCCAUCAGAACUUACAUAGGAGCUAAAUGGCAUGGCUUUGUUGACCCCCAGUCUGAACUUGACCAUCAUGUGUGGUGGGCAGGGACCACCCCUGGAGGAAAUGAUAUCCUCCCAGAAAAAGACGUCCACUUGGCUACAACUGGGGUAGUUUUUAAUUUGUCACCAGAACUCCCUAUUGGCAAGCGUGUUUAUGUUACAGUCAGAGCAUAUAACAAAGCUGGUUUAUUUACUGACUCAACAUCAAAUGGUUUCUUGGUGGACACCACAGCUCCAGUCAUUUCCAUGGGUCCAAGGUUUGCCUCAGACUUUAGCCUCGUGUCAGAUACACAGUUCUACAGGACACUGAUGAAGGUGGAGUGGUCAGUGAAUGACCCAGAAUCCCACAUAGAGAGACAAUAUCUCUCUGUAAAAUCUCACAUUGGGGGAGAGUUUGAUCUGGCAUCCACUAAGGUGAAUGGAAUAGCAAGAGACUUUAUCCUAACUGGUAUGAAGUUACAUGAUGGUGUGACUUAUUAUGUAACUCUGAUAUCCUGUAAUGGAGCUCAGAUCUGCAGCUCUGCUACCACUAGUGGUUUGAUGGUGGACACCACCCCUCCAUCCAGAGGAAUGUUUGCUGUUGAAACUGACCAUGCUGCCAACUUGACCAGACACAGUGAUGGCUGGAUGACAUGGGAGAAGACAGCAGUCAAUCUGGCCUGGCUAGGCUUUGCUGACCUUCACUCCAAGAUUUCCCAUUACUACAUCAAUGUAGGAUCAGUCUUCAUGGGCAAUGAUAUGAAUGAGGAGCCAGGUCAGCCAGUAAGAGUUGAAUAUGUGAAUUCAGGGGAGGAUAAGUAUGAUGAGGGAAUCGUACAGACUUCUAAAGUAAAAACCAGUAGUUAUGAUGCCAGUCAGAAAUACUUUUAUAUCAGCAUGUGGGCAGUAAAUAAGGUAGGGUUGAGCAGUUCAAUCAUACACUCCCAGUUUGAGAAGAUCCCAGGGGGUGACCUAUAUUUGAUUCGACGGUGUGAGGCUGUGACUUGUGAGGGGCACUGUGUUUGUGCCCCCCAAGACAAAGUCUGUCACCCUCCCCAAACAGCUUGCCAGGAUAUAUCAUCAAAUAAUCAAAACAACAUACUACAAGUAUAUGAUGUAGCUGGGAGUGGCACAAGUGAUGUAGAUUACACCCCGUCUAAUGUAGUGUUACAGGGGCAGUGGGCUGUUGUCAACAACUUUGGAAAUCCCCCAAAGUGGUAUCAGUGGAGUGUGGGGUAUACCGAGAAAUCCUCCCCAGAAGGAAUAUUUAAUCAGGCAACAGAGAGAAUAUGGCAUGAUGCUGGACGAAAUAUGAAACAAAUCUUUCAAACUAAAAAUGGUAUUUUCCUUAAGGAAACGGUCAAGUACUCAUUCUUCCUAAAAGUGUGGUACGAUGAAAACACUUAUGCCGUGUUUAAAUCUGACGGAGUUACCAUUGCUACACGUAAACCUGCAGUGACAAAUAUAAGGGGCAGUGCAGUGAGAGAGAAAAUGUUGGGAAGCAAUUUUGUAGAUCAAGAUUUCAUGAAGGGAGGGUUUCCUUUCACAGUUGAGUGGAAUAAUAAAUUCCUGGAUGCUGAGAAUGCUAUCAAGACAUUCCAUUUGUAUAUCAGUACAUAUCCAGGAGGACAUGACAUUUUGGAUACCAGUGAGGAUUUACAAGGUACACAAACAUCGUAUAAUGUGAUGAGGUCAUCUGUUCUCCUGCCAGGAAUUACCUAUUACAGUAAUGUCCAGGCGUACGGAUACUCGGACAUCCAUCACACAGAGUCUUCUGAUGGAUUCAAACCAGACAAGACAAAACCUAUCACAGGGAUUGUGUUUGAUGGAAUAGGUUUACAUGACCUGGAGUUCCAGAAUAAGUCAGAUUUAGUAGCAGCUCACUGGCAUGGAUUCUCAGACAUUGGGUCAGGUGUACAGCUUUAUUACUGGUGUGUUGGUUCCACCCCUGAUGUUGUCAAUAAACAUAAAGAUGUGGAGUGUGGAUACCAAAGCUGGAAGGCUGUAGGAUUACAUACCUCUGUGUCUAGGACUUUAGGAAUACCACUCAAUCACAGCAAGACUUACUACAAUAAAGUAUACGCAGUAGAUAAUGUGGGAUAUAAAUCUUCUGUGGUGGUCUCUGAUGGUGUCACUAUAGAUCUCACCCCUCCAGAGCCUCAGUAUCUCUUCCACACUGGCAGCAACAUUCUAACUAAUCCAUCCUUUGAAAUGUCACCUAAUGUGUUACAGUCAGAGGACGUUAAUACAACUGACAUUUGCAAUGUCACUGUGGACUACCAGCCCAGCAGCUGGAAUUUGUCAUCCCCAGGAUGUGCAGCAGUGGUGUCCUCCAACAAGAAUCUGGCCAGAGAUGGCAGAUCUUUUCUCUUUGUCAGAGGGAGUGUGACCCAAAGACUAAAUGAGUUGGUCGUAGGUGGACUAUAUAGGGUAAAUUUUUACUCCAGUCAUCUGUCUAUUAGCAGCUCUACCCAGUCAAACAAAGAGGGAUAUAUACAAAUGGGAGACAAGAGACAUGUAUUCCUCAUCUACACCAAGCCCUACAGAGGAGAUGGCAAUGAGAAACUCUCAGCUAGGGAGGAAGUUUCCUGGCACAAGCACACCUUUUAUUUUAUAGCAAUGGGAAAAUCUGCUGAUCUUCAAGUGGGCAGCGUGGAUGAGAAGACUGGAAUUUUUGUGGAUCACAUGACAGUAGAGCAUGUGGAAAGGGACUCAAAGAACGGAACAAGUGGCUUACAUGUACAGGCCCAUGUAGUUUAUCUACAUGAGUGGGGCUCUGUCCAUGGAUCCUGGAGUUUUGUGGAGGAUGUCAGCUCCAUAACAGAAUAUCAGUGGGCUAUAGGCUACACAAGAGGAGGGACACAGUUACAGAACUUCCAGAGUGUGGGACUGUCUAACUUUGCUUUUAACUCCCAAGUGACUCUGACUCAUGAUUCCUAUAUUUACAUCACUGCCGUAGCCCAGAAUUCAGCUGGUUUACAGGAUGUUUCUUAUUCAGAUAAAAUUCUGGUAGACCUUACCCCUCCCAGAAUAGAAGAAGUCCUAGAUGGUGAUUUGUUAGGAGAAGAUCUUGAUGCUUGGAAGGAGAACACUGUGUAUGUCAACUGGAAAGUGACAGAUGAUGAAUCUGGUCUGGAAUACUGUGAAUGGGCUAUAGGUUAUCAACCAAAAGGCAUUGAAGUACAAAGUUUUGAGAAAAUCAAGAUUGAUGACAGAAAAGCUUACAAAGAUUUUGAUCCAAGCCUACUUCAGGGGAAGACUGUAUACUCUACAAUACAGUGCCAGAACAAAGCAGGCUUACUGUUCAGUUUAUCAUCAAACGGAGUGACCAUAUUUGACCAGCCACCAUCAAUGGCUUCCGCUGUAAUACAGACACGACCAUUGUCAGUGACAGAGUACCCAGCUAUGGAUUAUUAUCAGAGCAUAGACAACAGUCUGAGAAUUGUAUGGAGUGGAGUGGUAGACAAGAUUGGAGUACAGCAGUACAAGAUAUCCGUGAAUAGCAACAAGUAUAAUUUGGAUGGUGAGGGACUUUCGUUUUCUGAUGCUCAAGACGUGCUCUUUGCCAGUGUAAGAAAUGUUGACCUUGGUCAAGGACAAACAAAUGUUACGCUACAGGCUAUAAAUAAACUUCUGGAGCGCAGCAUCCCUCUUCAUUAUAAUCUGACUGUGGUUACAGACAAGCCCAUGAAAGAUGCUUCUAAACAACUCUCUUUAACGUGGCAUGAUGGAAACAAAGAAUUUGUUGUAUCAUGGGAUGGAAUUUUUACAUCCAGUCAUCCACUGAGGUUUGAAGUAUCAGCUGGAACUGCAUUGGGUGGGGGUAACAUCAUCCAAUGGCAAGAGACCCGUGCCACUAGUAUAACAUUUGGACUACCAGAAUCGGUGACUGGUACUUCACGACUCAAGGUCUACAUGAUUGUUCGUGCCAUAACAGCUGGUGGAGAUUACAGUGAUAUACUUGGAACUAUCACCUUACCUGCCUAAUCAAAGGGGAGAUUCAAAUUCAACACUUUCUAUAAAAUUUUUUGAAAAAUUUAUAUAGAAUACAUACAUAUUUUGUGUAUAAUAGACCAUGCAUUUACACAAAGGUAAUUUUUACAUUUGGUAAAAAAAUUAGAGUUAAGUGGCUUUUUUUUUCUUCUUGAUGAACCAGAACAAGAGAUAUAUGUUUUAACUCAGUUCAAAUUAAUUAGUACUUGUUAUAAUUAUCAACACAAGGAAUAUACAUGUAAGAUGUCACAUUUAUUCACUGGUGUUACCAUUGCUGCUUAGUUUCAAGUCCAGAUGCUGCUUCUCUCUUUUUUACAUGUAACUUGAGAACAAACCAGUAGAGCUACAGAGACUUUGGUUUAUUUUAUAUUUUUUUCAUCUUUUAGCUCCACUGGUUGAAGAAAAGUAGAGCUUAUGUUUUGAUUAUGUAACUUCUGCCAUCUUUCUCACUGUCCAUAAACAAAUUUUCAAAAUACUAUUCCUCCUACAGUUUUGGUCCAAUUUCAGUAAAUUGAACAGACUUUUCUAUAUUGCAUUUUCAUUUCUGUCAAUAAGCAAAAAACUGAAAAUAGAUUACUUUGUAAAAAAUAUUUUCAAAUGCUACUUUUCUACACUUUUGGUCCAAUUUCAAUAAAAUUUGGUAAAGUAGUAGUCUAAUUUAGACACACUUAGAC